AUGGAGCCUGCCCACUCCCCCUGCACCUGCCCUCUUCGCAGACGUGUCCUGCAGCGGCCGGCCAUGGGGCUGCUGGUCCUGUGGGGGCUGCUGCUGCUCGGGGGGCCCGUGCCUGGGCAGGGCUCUGCAGUGCUGGGCACCCUGGACUUGCAGAUCGAUGAGGAGCAGCCUUCGGGCACCAUCAUCGGGGACAUCAGUGCCGGGCUUCCCCCUGGCACCACCAGCUACAUGUACUUCAUCUCUGCCCAGGAGGGCAGUGGGGUGGCCACGGACCUAGAGAUCGAUGAGAAUUCGGGGAUCAUCAAGACGGCCCGUGUGCUGGACCGCGAGAGCCGCGACCACUACAGCUUCAUCGCCGUAACCCCAGAAGGGGCCACCGUGCAGGUCAAUGUGCUCGUGAGCGACAUCAACGACCACGCGCCCACUUUCCCCCGGCAGCACGGCUCCCUCCAGAUCCCAGAGCACACGCCCUUGGGCAGCCGCUUCCCCCUGGAGCCAGCCUUCGAUGCGGACAGCGGCCUGCUGGCCACCCAAGGGUAUACGAUCAAGGGGGCGAGUGCAGGCCAGGCCUUCCUCAUAGAGACCCGCCGUGGGCCAAAUGGGGUUCUGUACCCCGAGCUGGUGGUGAACAGCAUCUUGGACAGGGAGGUCCAUUCCAGGUACUCGCUGUUUCUGGAGGCCUAUGAUGGGGGGUCUCCGCCCCGGAGCUCCCAGAUGACCUUGGAUGUGUCUGUCCAGGAUAUUAAUGACAACGCCCCGGCCUUCAACCAGAGCCGCUACCACACCCUCAUCCCGGAAAACCUCCAGCCAGGCAGCAGCGUCCUGCAAGUCUUUGCCUCAGAUGCGGAUGAGGGGGACAACGGUGCGGUGGUGUAUGAGAUCAACCGCCGGCAAAGCGACCCCGAGCAGUACUUCACAAUUGACGCAGCCACGGGGGUGAUCAAGCUGAACAAGUGGCUCGAUUACGAGCUCCGGAAGGUCCACGAGCUGGUGGUCCAGGCCCGGGACAAGGCUGUGCACCCAGAAGUCUCCACUGCCUUUGUCACCAUCCAGGUGCGGGACUACAAUGACAACCAGCCCACCAUGACCAUCAUCUUCCUCAGUGAGGAUGGCUCUCCUCGCAUCUCUGAGGGGGCCCAGCCAGGGCAGUUUGUGGCGCGCAUCUCGGUCUCAGACCCCGACUACGGGGAGUACGCCCACGUCAAUGUUUCCCUGGAAGGCGGCGAAGGGAAGUUUGCCCUCACCACGAAGGACAACAUCAUCUACUUGAUCUGCGUGGACCAAAUGCUCGACCGGGAGGAACGGGACUCGUACGAGCUGCGCGUGACGGCCACGGAUGCUGGGACACCCCCCCUGCGCGCCGAGUCUGCCUUUGUGCUCCAGGUGACGGACGUCAAUGACAACCCGCCGCUCUUUGACGCUCAGGAGUACGAGCAAAGUGUGCCUGAGGUGGUCUACGCGGGCAGCUUCGUGCUGCAGGUGACUGCCCGCGACAAAGACCAGGGCCCCAACGGUGAGGUCCACUACAGCGUCCUGCACACGCCGCACACGCACUCCCACUGGUUUGCCAUCGACCCGGCCACGGGCAUCGUCACCACGGCCUCUGCUCUGGACUACGAGGUCGACCCCCAGCCUCAGCUGAUUGUGCUGGCCACUGACCGGGGCACACCGCCCCUCUCCUCCACGGCUGUGCUCCGGGUGAGCCUGCAGGAUGUCAAUGAUAACGAGCCAAUCUUCGAGAGCAACUUCUACAAUGUCUCCUUGAAAGAGAGUGUGCCUCCUGGCACCUGCUUCCUCCAGGUUACGGCCACAGACGCAGACAGUGGCUCCCUGGGCACCCUCUCCUACUCCCUGGGGACCGGCCUCAGCAGCACAGCCCCCUCAGCAUUCAGCCUGGGAGAGAAGACCGGCCAGCUCUGCACAACGCAGGACCUGGACCGCGACGAGGGCAUCACCUCCUUUGACUUCACGGUCACCGCUGUCGAUGGGGGCGGGCUAAGCUCCAUGGCCUACGUCAAGGUCUUCCUGGAGGAUGUCAACGACAACGCGCCAGCCUUCUACCCGCUGGAGUACGCCACGAGCAUCAGCACCCAGAGUCAGCCCGGCACGGCGGUGCUGCGGGUCACCGCCCACGACAAGGACCAUGGGGCGCACGGGCGGGUGACGUACCACAUUGCCGCGGGCAGCACCCCGGCCCUUUUCGCCAUCAACCCGGACACGGGCGCCAUCUCCCUGCUCCGGGCUCUGGCAGGCAAGGCCCACACGCUGGUGCAGCUGGAGGUCGCCGCGCGGGAUGGAGGGGGGCUGGUUGCCCAGCCCAAUGCUCGCGUCAACAUCAGCAUCAUGGCUGGCACAGUGUCCCCCCCCCAGUUUGAGCGGGCGCAGUAUUACUUCAAUAUCCCGGAAGACACCCAGCCAGGCAGCAGCGUGGGGGCUGUCCACGCCCACAACCCCCCAGGCCACGCAGAGAGUGUGCUUUACUCCAUCUCUUCGGGGGACCCCCAUGGCUACUUCUCCAUCGACCCAGGCUCGGGUCACCUCUACACCAGCCUGCCUCUGGACCACGAGGCCCACCCUGCCGUGGCGCUGGAGGUCCAGGCGCGCAGCGGCUCUCCCCCGGCGUACAGCAGCGCCCGGGUGCAGGUCAGCGUGACCGACGUGAACGACAACGUGCCGGUCUUCCCGGCCCCGUCCGACUCGGUGCUGCUGCCCGAGGGGGUGCCGCUGGGGACCGUGGUGUACACCGUCCAGGCCGAGGACCGGGACAGCGGAGCCAACGGGCAGGUGCACUUUGAGCUGGCCGCCGGACGCGGGGGGGCCUUCGCCGUGGAGCCCUUCUCAGGGAAGGUGCGGCUGACGGGGGCCCUGCAGAGGGAGGGAGGCGCCCCCCACACGCUGCUCAUCCUGGCACAAGACGGGGGGGCGCCCAGGCUCAGCGCCACCUUCACCCUCCUGGUCCACGUGCAGGCUGAGGACGAGCACGUGCCGGUGUUCGACACGCUGACCUACCGAGUGGAGCUGCGUGAGGGGGUGCCCGUGGGCACCCACUUCCUGCAGGUGCGGGCGCUGGCGCGGGAGUCCAGCGCCCCCCUCACCUACCGCCUGCGGGCCGACGGGGACGCCGCCAGCUUUGGCAUUGCCCCCGACACGGGCUGGCUGCACGUCCGCACGACCCUUGACCGGGAGGGGCAGGAGCUCUACGCGCUGACGGUCCUGGCCGUGGCCGGCUCCGGAGAGGGCCGGCAGACCGGCACCAGCACCGUGCGGAUCACCAUCACCGACGAGAACGACAACAGCCCCCGGCUCAGCGAGGAGCGCUACUUCUUCAGCGUGCCGGAGAACAGGCCGGCCGGCAGCAGCGUGGGCCGCGUCACUGCCAGCGACCGGGACGCCGGGCAGAACAGCCGCCUCAGCUACCGCCUGGUGCCACACGAGGGCCCCUUCCUGAUCCACACGCAGACUGGGGAGCUGAGCCUCCGCAGGAGCCUGGACCGGGAGCUGCAGGCCAGCCACCAGCUGCUGGUGCUGGUGCAGGACGGGGGGACCCCACCUCGCAGCACCACCGGCACUGUCUACGUGACCGUCCUGGAUGAGAACGACCAUCCACCCACCUUCCUGCAUGUGGCCGAGGGGCGGGAGCUGCUCCUGCAGGUUCCGGAGGAGAAGCCGCCUGGGCUGCUGGUCGCCUCGCUGCAGGCCAAGGACCCCGACGAAAGCGAGAACGGCACUGUCUCCUACACGCUGGCAGGGGCCUGGGCGGACCGCUUCUCCCUGCACGGGACCACGGGGGAGCUGCGCACCACGACCCCACUGCGCCAGGCAGAGCGGGGCGAGUACCUGUUCACGGUGACGGCGAGCGACCGGGGCGCUGUCCCCCUGAGCACUACCGCGGCAGUGCGCAUCCAGGUGGUGUCCACAGCCCGUGUGCUGCCCCGACCCGACCCCGCCGUGCUGACGUUCUACCCCACGGAGGGGCUGCAGCCUGGCUCGGCGGUCGGCUCAGUGGCGCUGCCGGAGCCCGCGGCACAUGGGCCAGCGACCUAUAUGCUGGUGGGGGGAGGCAGCGGGGACGGCCUCUUCGUGGUGGAUGCGAGCACGGGAGUGAUCUACGUGGCCCAGGAGCUGGACUACGAGGCUGGAGUGCGGCACACGCUGCAAGUGAGGGUGGAGGACGUCCAGCACGGCUACCCCAGCCAGCGCCUGGUGCUGGUGGAGAUCCACGUGCAGGACAGCAACGACCACGUGCCCACCUGGCCCCAGGACCCCGUCACCGUGGUGGUAUCCGAGAGCGCCGCCCCCGGCGUGCCCCUCUUCACCUUCCAGGCCCUGGACGGGGAUGGCCCCGGCCCCAACAGCCAGCUGAGCUACAGCCUCCAGCGCCAGGAGGGCACCCAGCCCGCCUUCCGGCUGGAUGCCCACAGCGGGGAGCUGAGCCUGCAGGGCGCUCUGGACCGCGAGGCCUGGCCGGCCUACUUGCUGGUCGUCCAGGCCACCGACCAGGCCGCCAAUGUCAGCCAGCGCCACUCGGCUGCUGUGACCGCACACGUCUUCGUGAUGGAUGAAAACGACAACAGCCCCGAGUUCCUCUCCCCGCCAAGGGUCGAUGUGCCGGAGGACCAGCCGACGGGCUUCCUGGUGCUUCAGGUGGUGGCCAGGGACCGCGACCUGGGAGAGAACGGGCGCGUCGGCUACACGCUGCGGGCUGGGAACGCCGAGGGCCAGUUCCACCUCAACCCCAGCACCGGGGCCUUGUCCAUCAUGCGGGCGCUGGACCGGGAGGACGCUUCCCAGCAUAAUCUGACUGUGGUGGCCACAGACCACGGAUCCCCACGGCGCUCGGCUACACAGCUGCUGGCGGUGCAUGUCCUGGACGUGAACGACGAGGUGCCCGCGUUUGAGCAAAGCCAUUACGAGGCCAGCGUGGCUGAGAACCUGCCCCCCGGCGUCCCGGUGCUGCAGCUGCGUGCCACGGACCGGGACCUAGGAGCCAGCGGGCAGGUGUCCUACGGCGGAAUCUCUGGGGACGACUUCUCCAUUGACCCCCAAACAGGCCUCGUCACCACUCGGCGCUCAUUAGACCACGAGGAGCGGGCCGAGCACUUGCUGACAGUGUACGCACAGGACAUGGGGCUGCCCCCUCACCAGGCCAAGGCCACCGUGCGCAUCCUGGUGGUGGAUGAAAACGACCAUGCCCCGCUCUUCCAAAGCGACGCCUGCUCCUUGGAGGUGCCCGAGAACCAGGCCCAGGUGGGCCUCCUCACUGUGCGCGCCACGGACCACGACGCGGGGGAGAACGGGCGCCUGUCCUACCGCCUGGCGGCUGGAGACCUGGAGAAAGACUUCAUCCUGGACCCCGUCUCAGGCCAGCUGUCCACCGCGCAAGGGCUGGAUCGGGAGCGUGUGGCCAGCUAUGCGCUGACCAUCCAGGCCUGUGACCACGGUGUGCCCCCACGCUGCGCCAGUCUGCUGGUCCACGUGCACGUCCUGGACCUGAACGACAAUGCCCCUCGCUUCGCACAGGAGGCCUACGGGGCGGAGGUGCCCGAGGACCUGCCCGCCGGGGCCCUGGUGCUGCAGCUGGACGCCUUCGACGCCGACGAGGGCUCCAAUGGCCGCGUCUCCUACUUCCUGGCCAAUGAGUCCCUGGGCACCUUCCAGGUGGAGCCACAGACAGGCCGCCUCACCAGCACGCAGCUGCUGGACCGGGAGCGCCGAGCGGCCUACCGCUUCCUGGCCCUGGCGGUGGACGCCUCCCCCCUGAACCCACGCAGCGCCUCCGUGCAGGUCACCGUCACUGUCCACGACGUGAACGACCACAUCCCGGCCUUCCCCUCCAGCCCGCUGCUCGUCAAGCUGCCCCGCAACACGCCUCCCAAGCGAGCGGUCGCCACGCUGCGUGCCGAGGACCAUGACGCGGGGGCCAACGCCUCCAUCCUCUACCGCUUCGCUGUGCCCACGCCGGCCUUUGCCAUCAACACCUACACGGGCUCCAUCCAGCUGCUGCAGCCGCUGGCUGCCCUCAGCCCCCGCCAGCGCACGCUCUUCGUCCUGGCCAGUGACCUGGGGCAGCCCCCGCUGUCCUCCACCGGCGUGGUCGUCAUCCACCUGCAGGACGAGCCCUACCAGGGCGUGCACUUCCCUCGCCCCGCCAGUGACGUCACGCUGCCCGAGAACGCCAGAGCAGGCACCACGGUGGUGAGCAUCCCGGCCACGCACACGGCAGGCUCCUCCGGCCGCAUCGUCUACAGCAUCCUCAGCGGCAACGAGAAGGGAGCCUUCCACAUCCAGCCCAGCUCAGGGCUGGUGUCCGUCCGGAGCCCCGGAAGCCUGGACUUUGAGCUGAGCGCGCGCUUGCGCCUGGUGCUGCAGGCCGAGUCAGCCUCUUCCUACGCCUUCAUGGCCGUGAACAUCAACCUGCAGGACGUCAACGACAACCAGCCACGCUUCCAGCUGCAGAACUACGUGGCCUUCAUCCGGGAGGCGCAGAGCUACGACUCGCCCGUCAUCCAGGUGGUGGCCGACGACUUGGACCAGGGCCUCAACGGCCAGGUGAGCUACACCAUCAACCAGACGCUGCCCAUGAACGGGCUGUACCACAUCAACGCGCAGACGGGGAUCAUCACGACGGCCGCCAUCCUGGACCGAGAGAUUUGGGCCCAGACGCGGCUGGUGCUGACGGCCACGGACAGAGGAAGCCCUCCCCUCGUGGGCUCGGCCACUCUCACGGUGGUGGUGAUGGACCUGAAUGACAACAGUCCCACCAUCCCUGCCCCCUGGGAGGUGCGGGUGCCUGAGAACGCCCUGGUGGGCACCGAGAUCACCAUGGUGACAGGCAACGAUGUGGACUGCGGGCCCGCGCUCUCAUACUCGCUUGUGCUGGACAGUGGCGCCGCCGGGGCCUUCAGCAUCCUGCGCUACGGAGGGCGCAUCACGCUGGUAGGGCCGCUGGACUACGAGGAGCGCCGCUCCUACGCCCUGACCGUGCGCGCCUCCGACUCCCAGCAUGAGACGGAGGCCAACGUCACUGUCCUCGUGGAGGACGUGAAUGACAACGCCCCCGCCUUCCCCCAGGCCCUGUACCAGGUGCUGCUGCCAGAACACACCCCAGCCGGCACCUCCAUCCUGACCCUCAGUGCCACAGACCUGGACUCAGGAGAGAACGGAGAGGUCAGCUACCAGCUGGCCGUGCCCAGCCGCCACGUCGCCAUCCACGCCAGCAACGGGACGUUGUUCACCACCCAGCCGCUGAUCCUGGAUCCAGGACGCCCCACCCUGGACCUCCUGGUUGAGGCUCGUGACGGGGGUGCGCCCCGGCUCUCCGCCUGGGCCACGGUGCAGAUCCACGUGCUCGAUGUGAACGACCACGGGCCCCAGUUCCUGGAGGCGCACUACAAUGCCUGCGUGGCCGAGGACCUGCGCCCAGGCGCGACCCUGCUCACCCUGGCGGCCUCCGACGCGGACGUGGCGCGGGACAACGCGGCCCUGGACUACACGAUCGUCAGCGGCAACAGCGGCCACGCCUUCCAGCUGGAGGGCCAGGUCAGUGGGGCCAGCAGCCUGGUCCUGGUCGAGCCCCUGGACUUCGAGGCCGUGGCGGUCUACAACCUGACGGUGGCCGUGGCUGACCGCGGAGUGCCGCAGCACAGCGCCGUGGUGCCCGUGGUCCUCACAGUGCUGGACGUCAAUGACAACCCCCCCGUCUUCGGGCGCACCACCUACCGCAUGGCUGUGAGCGAGGGCGCUGCGCCCGGCACGGAGCUGCUGCGCGUGGCGGCCCACGACCCCGACUCCGGCCCCCACGGCCAAGUGCACUACAGCAUCAGCUCGGGCGACCCCCACGGGCUCUUCCAGCUGCACCCGUCCAGCGGGGCCCUCCGCCUGGCCCAGGCCCUGGACUGCGAGGCACAGGUGCAGCACCUGCUGGUGGUCCGGGCCUCCGAUGGGGCGGGCGGACACUUCGCCCUCGCCUCCGUCACGGUGGAGGUCAAGGACGUCAAUGACAACCUCCCCUACUUCCCCAUCGAGGUGAUGAGCGCCAGCCUGCGGGAGAACCAGCCGCCGGGGAGCCUGGUCACCACCGUGCACGCGGUGGACACGGACGUGGGCGUCUUUGGGGAGCUGCGCUACGCCCUACUGCCGACAGAGGGCUCGGAGGCCUUCCGCCUCAACGGCACCUCGGGGCAGCUGCACGCACGCCUCCCCUUCGACUACGAGCGCACCAAGGCUGUCCAGCUGCUGGUGCAGGCCACGGAUGCCGGCAACAACUCGGCCUCAGCCACCGUGCGUGUCCUGGUGACUGGGGAGGAUGAGUACGAGCCGGUCUUCCUCAGCCCAGUGUUCAGCUUUGAAGUUCCCGAGGGGGCCCGUCGGGGGCAGAGCAUCGGGCACAUGCUGGCCACGGAUGAGGAUGAGGGGCCGGACGGGGUGGUGCUCUACACCCUGACCAAGCCGUCCCCCUUCUUCGGGAUCAACAAGACGAGCGGCGCCCUCUAUCUGCGCAUGGACAGCCAGGCGCCACCCGUGGGCCCCUCCACACGGGAGCCACGGGAGAUGGUGCUGGAGGUGCAGGCCCACAGCCCGCUGCCUGCCUCGCGCACCGCCUCUGCCCGGGUCACCCUCGACGUGACGCACACCUCGUUUGGCCUGGUGCCCGAGCUGAACCUGCUGCUGGUCGUGGCCGUGGCCGCCUCGCUCGGGGUGGUGGUGGUGCUGGCAGCCGUGGCCAUAGUGCUGGCCCUCGUCCGCUCCCGCCAGCGCCACGGCCAGAAGCAGGCCGACCUGGCCCACGUGCAGCCGAGCGGCUCCUUGCAAAAGCUGGGCCACGCCGAGCCGGUCCUGCCGGGGGCCAGCUGCCUCUACCACGAGGCCCUGCCCGGCUACGGCACGGAGCCGCCCGGGCCCUACGCCACCAGGGGCGGCUCGCUGGACCCCUCUCACUCGAGCGGGCGCGGCUCGGCCGAGGCGGCCGAAGAUGACGAGAUCCGCAUGAUCAAUGAGUGCCCCCGCAUGCCCAGCCUGGCCUCCUCCCUGCAGGAGCACCUGUCCGCCCGCGGGCCAGACUCGGGCAUCCAGACCGACGCCGACCGGCUCUCCGAGGUCUCCUGCGAGCCCACCGCCCUGGACGGCUCCCACUGGUUCAAGAACAGGAAGGGGCCGGCCUUGCUGCUCCCCGGGCAGCCCCCACAGCUCUACCGGGACGACGCGGGCGGCGGCGGCGCAGCGUUCCUGGGCGCCGGCUGCGGCCUCAGUGUCUCGUCCACCAAAGACUACACCUUCCCCGAGGACGGGAAGCCCUGCGUGGAUGGCUCCCUCACCGCCAUCGUGGCGAGCGAUGAGGAGCUCCGCGGCAGCUACAACUGGGAUUACCUGCUCAACUGGUGCCCCCAGUUCCAGCCGCUGGCCAGUGUCUUCACGGAGAUCGCGCGCCUGAAGGAUGAGAGCUCUCUGCGCAGGCCGUUCCCCGCCAAGCCCAAGCCCCGGAUAGACCCGCCGCCACUCAUCACCUCCGUGGCCCACCCCGGGGCCAAGUCCGUGCCCCCCAAGCCGGCCGUGGGCCGGGCCUUCCCACACCUGUCCUCCCUCAGACGGUCCCCCAUCAGUCACGAAGGCUCGCUCUCAUCAGCCGCCAUGUCGCCCAGCUUCUCGCCCUCCCUGUCUCCUCUGGCUGCUCGCUCGCCUGUGGUGUCCCCCUUCGGGGUCUCCCAGGGGCCUUCCGCUUCCUCCCUAAGCGCCGAGCACUCCUUGGGGAACUCGGAGGAGGCAGAGCUCCGCAUCUAG